UUUUUUUUUUGUUUUGUUUUGGUUUUCUUUUAUUAUUAUUUUGGGGGGGGGCUUAGAAUUCCUGACGACGGCGACGACGGAGAAGAGGCGGUGGGAUUUCGCCCGGCGGGAAGCGGGAGAGCUCGGCGGGGAAGGAGCGGGGUGGCCCCCCCACCCCCUCCUCCUCCUCCUCCUCUGCCUCCUCUUCCUCCUCUUCCUCCACCCCCCGGCGGGGCGCAGCAGGGACCGGCGGAGAGUGGCCACGGCGAUGGCGGUGCGAGCCACGGUGGCCCCCCGGCUAUGGGGCACUGUGAAGCUACUGGGAGCUCUGGUCUUGGUGGCAUCCACGGCGUCCUCGGUGGCGGGGGAGACGCGCGUGGUGGGCGGCAUGGACUGCGAGCCCCACUCGCAGCCGUGGCAGGUGGCCAUCUUGGACAUGUACAAGCUCUACUGCGGCGGCGUCCUGGUGGCCCGGCAGUGGGUGGUGACGGCGGCCCACUGCACCACGCCGGGGAUCACCACCACCCACCUGGGCAAGCACAGCCUCUACACGCGCGAGUGGGGUGAGAUGCAGAAGAUGGUGCAGAAGUUCGUGCCGCACCCCGACUACAACCCCACCACCAAGGACAACGACAUCAUGAUGAUGAAGCUCCUGACGCCCGUCACCCUCAGCAACAGGAUCCAGCCCGUCCCCGUGGCCUCCUGCCUCCCAGAGCCCGGCACCACCUGCGUCACCUCGGGAUGGGGAGCCACCACCUCCCCAGAAGUCACUUACCCGGACGUCUUGCAGUGCGUCAACGUCACCAUCUUCUCGACGGCCGAGUGUCAACAGUUGUACCCCGGUUCCAUCACCGACAACAUGUUGUGCGCCGGGAGCCUCCAAGGCGGUAGGGACUCCUGCCAGGGUGACUCUGGAGGACCUUUGAUUUGCAACAGGACCCUCCAAGGCAUCGUGUCGUGGGGCAUGGAGAAGUGUGGGCAACCCAAGAGACCUGGUGUCUACACCAAGGUCUGUAGAUACGCCCAGUGGAUCCAGAAGACCAUGAAUGACAACCAGUGACACACCAGUGACACACCAGCA